CUCAUUCCGGUCUCCAUGUUUAUUUUGGAUCCCAAACUAAAGAAUUUUGGAUCCAGGUUUGUGGCUCCGAUAAACAUCACCAUAGCAACAGAGACACACCUACCAAUGGCUGCUGUCGUUACCUCUACCUCUCCUGCAGCUUAUCCUCGGAUAAUGUCGCCUUCUGUCCCACAAGCCACUCUCAGAGAGCCUCCUUCUCGAAUGACGCUUCACCAUAGCUCAAAAUUUAAGGAAGAAAGAGCGCCUGAGGAGGAGGAGGACCACAACAUAUAUGCUAUUGCAGCAAGUCCAGUUCCAGUUGCAGAGGAACCGACUGGGGUUAGGCAGGUAGCUGAGACAACAACAAGGGAGAAUAGCAAGCCGAGUUGCUGUCGCAAGAUCAUACACCAAUUUGAAAAAGAGCACACCUUUCGUCCUAAACUCAACCCGUCCUCUCUGAAGAUAGUUGGUCAAAGACAGCAUCAGCCACUCUUGUCGAGACUGAGUGAAGCCAAAAGAGCUCAAGGAAACAAUGCUCACUCUUACUUUGAUGAGAACCUUACAUUUUCCCCAAAGCUAAACUCGCUGAGUAUUAAAUUGGCACAAGAGAGAGCUGGUAAAUUGCAUGAGGUCCAGUCAAAAGCUUCUGCUCUAGCUGCUAUCAGAAUAGCAGAAAUCCAUUCAGAAUACACAUUCAAGCCUGCCGUACUGGGACGAAGCAUACGUAUAGCUGAGAAACUUGAUAUGGGAUUCUUGGGUAGGCAACAACAGCAUAUUGCAAGAAAGCAACAACUGGCUGCUCAGGAGUAUAUAUUACCUCCACAGAAACCCCCACCCUACAAACUAACACCACGUCUCAAACCAAAUAACGCCAACCAAAUAACAUUAUCUACUCCUCCUGUUGUAAAAUCUCAACAAUUCUCUCAUAAAUUAUCUCGGAGAAGGCACAGAAGUCAAACAGCUCCGUGUCUCCCUGUGUCUGAGCUCAAACCAAACAAACCUGUUCUGUUGUUAAGGCAGGAAUCAGACAGAGGAAAGAAACUACUAAAGUCUCCAAAGAACAAGUCUGUUGAAGAGAGUCCAGGUUUGCUACAAAAGAACUUUAAACAGCUUAAUGAGGGGGAUCGUGUGAAAAGGAUUAAAGUGCAAGCAGAAAAAGCCAUCAGAGCAAAGAAAGUUUUCCAAAUUAAGGGAGGCUAUCAAACAAUUCGUAAAGCUCUCAGAAGUAGAGGGUGGGUUGAGAACUGCUAUCAUUGUGAUUACAAGACAAAUAUUCCGCCAUCAAAGAAACCGACGAUUGUCAGCCCUGGCAGUAAUGAUGAUGAUGAUGAUGUCUAUGACAGUAGUGAUGAUUGUGACAGCAGUGACAGUGAGAGUGAAGAUGAGAAAGAAGACGAUGAGGAAUACAUGAUGCUGUGCAGGGCUGUUAGAAACUGUGAACCUCAUUUCAUCUGGUCUUUAAGGAGAGUUGAUGUGCAUCAUCAGUACCUUAAGAAAGAUCAAAUGGUCAAUCACUUCUCAGGAGCUAUGUUCACAACUAAAUUUGGGCUUUGUGAAAAUCUUCAUGACCUCCCAUGGUAUGGUGAUGUUGAUGCAGACACAUUCUUCCCUCGGUGCUAUCAACUAAACAACGAUGAAGAUAAAAGGGCAUUCAAAGAGGACUAUCAACUUACCGCUGCCUUUAAUGUACUGAAGAUUAUAGCCUGUGAGAAUAACCCUUUGCUCUACUCUCACUAUGGUUCAGUGUCAAUGGUUGACGAGAGACCUCGUGUCAUUAUUUCAUCAUCUAAUGAGUCAGUAAAGCCAUCUAGUACCUCAGAAACUCUCACCACUUCAUCUUCAAGCGCAUCUAUUUCAGCCCCCGCAACUCCUUGUGAUAAAAGAACUCAAGAUGGUGACAGAAACUGUAUGUCCUCUUCACCAAAGAAGAGACUAUCGCCAGUUGUACCUGAGGAGUUGUUGCUGCUGUCUAUCAGAGAGACAGAAUCGUUUUUAUCAAGACUUGAUCAUGAAGAUAUUGAAGGAUCAAAAACGCAACUCGAAUCCUCUAAACUCACUCAAGAAGAAUGGUGCCAGUUAUUGGCUUACUACUAUAGCCUCAUAUUUUGCAAUGGUGUCCUGUUUUGCUCAAAGUCAGAUGCAAUCAGAGCCGAAGAGCUUCUACUACAACUGAAGAAACAUUAUCCUCAGUUAUCAAUUGAUGGCUCUAGAAAUAUAUGGAUCAUAAAACCUGGUGCUAUGUCAAGAGGACGUGGUAUAAUAUGCAAAGAUCACUUACACGAUAUCCUUGACUUUGUCAGUCCCUCAAUUUUGAUGAAAAAGAACAUGUGGGUUGUCCAGAAGUACAUUGAGCGCCCACUCCUUAUAUAUGCAACUAAGUUUGACAUACGCCAGUGGUUUCUUGUGACUGAUUGGAACCCACUAACAAUGUGGAUGUACAAGGACUGCUACUUACGUUUCUCAACUCAGCUUUACAGCCUUCAAAAACUGGACACGAGCAUUCAUUUGUGUAACAAUUCUGUGCAAAAACACUUGACCAAUUCAGAAGAAAGGAGUGAAAACCUCCCUCAGGAUAAUAUGUGGGAUAGCAAUACUUUUCAAUCUUAUUUAAAGAGUAUUGGUGAGGGAGACAAAUGGAGAAAAGUGAUUUAUCCAGGAAUGAAGCAAGCUAUUAUUAGUGUAUUGCAAGUGUCACAGGACAGAGUCAUUGACAGAAAGAAUACAUUUGAGUUAUAUGGAGCUGAUUUUAUGAUUUGUGCCAACUACAAGCCAUGGCUGAUUGAGAUUAACUCUAGUCCAACUAUGGAGAAGAGUACAGCAGUCACUAAAAAGCUGUGCAAACAAGUGAUGGAAGACACCAUAAAAGUUGUGAUAGAUCGUAAGAAUAACAGAGAUUGUGAUAUCGGUGCCUUUGAGCUAGCUUACAAACAGGCAAAGCUUGAUGUACCUCCUUACAUUGGCUUGCAGUUGACAGUUGAAGGUUCGGCUAUUAAAGGUGUGCCAGCAAGCAGAUCGUGGAGAGGAAGACAAACGGCAACAACUGUACCUAUUAUUUUCGGUCAACAAUAAUUAUUUUUUCCAACUCAACAUUACUUUAUUUAUUUUGUUCAUGAAUCUUAUUUUCUUUUUUUUUAACUAAAAUAAUAACGAGCCACUCCUUCAAAGCA